AACUAAAAUUAAAAUUGUUAAAAACUUAUCAGUGACACAAAAAGACUUUUUUUUUCGUUAGUGAUGAAAUAUGAUUUCUAAAUUGUCUAAUUAUGUAGCUUAUGAUGAAAUAUUGGGAACCAUCAGUGGCUACAAUGGCUUCUUAAGUAAUAUAGAAUAAAAAACAGAUCUAUCACCUUGUGAGUUAUGAUACACAGGCAACAUCUUGUUAACAUUUUAUCCCGCAAUUUCAUUUCUAUUUGAAUCUAAUUAUAAAUAUUGUAAAUAAAAUACAAAUCCAUGCCAAUAAUAAGAUCAUAUCUUAACAGUUUUUUUUAAACAAAUGAUGAGCAACAAGUAAAACUCUUGUUGUAAACUGAAGUUCGCUGGGGUUUGUUAUUGCUCGUUUUGUUAUGCUCGUAAAUACAAUUUUUGGAAUUUUUUUGAGAAACAGGAAGAUUUAUCGGUUGGCGAUGAUUUUAAAGCAGGCUAAAAAAAAUCUGUUUUAGAUUGUAAGCAUCUAACGCACAAGAAUUAAACCAAUCUCCGAGAUAUUAAAUCUGUUUCAAAGAAUUUUACAGUCUCACAUAACUUGUUUGUUGACAAAUGAAUUACUGCCUAAGGACGUCGAUAUCUAUGCAAUUCACAUAACAAUGCUCUAUGAUGAAAUGACGAUUCGCUUCUAGGGUGUAAAUAUAAAAAAAAAUGAAUAUAAAUGACUGUUACUGAUAGAUUUACAAAAUUAUGUCUUCAGUAAAAAGAAUGUUAACAUGAGAGGCACAAUAGAGAUAUGGCUGCACUUAAAUGUUUCAAUAAAAUUCCAAAACUGUAAUCGAAAAUGGAAUUAUUUUUAGCUUUCCAUCAACAUAGAUGGUUAGACUAGAUUUAGUGCAUAAUAAACUUAAUGAAUGAGCAAAGAAAUAGACUGGAUGUAGCAUAAGAGUAAACCUUCGCCUUGCUUUGGCUAAUUUAAAGCUUGAAAUUUCAAAUAUUGUUCGACUGCAGGAGGCACAAAGUUUCCCGUUAGCUUAAUUUCAUUUUGUAGUGAAUUCAGCAAUAAUAAUGUUUAUAUUAAAAAUAAAAAUAAAUUUACAAUUAAACCAAAAAAACAGUAGGCCCUAAUAUUCAAUAAUUUAAAAAGGGACUAUUAUUAGGAUUUGAAAGAAAGUCAUGACAAUGAGAUUAAUUUUUCUUUGUUAUCACUGCAAAUUAUUUGACAUAAUUUUGUAUAAUGAUAAUAAUGGCAGUGUCUUCGAUUCCGAAGAUAAAGGCUAUGCAGUGUUUCAAAUAACUACGCAAACCCAGUUGCGACCUGCAUAUUUUCCAGAAUUUUGUGCAGGUAAAGCUGUUGUCCGCUGGCGGUCUAUUUAGGAUUUUCAUUCCGUCUUUUGCGCCUGUCUUCAAUAAUGGCUUUUCUUUGAGUCUCUAAUGUUUGUCCUGCAGCUUUUCUGAGUGCUCUCCACUUGUGAGGGCGAAAUGGUGCCUUAGUGGAUAUUUAUAGUGCUUAGGCCUACUGGGGGCACCUCUGUUACGCCAUCCUCCUCUAAGCUCGCCAAAGAAGAUCGUCUUUGACAUGCGGUCAUCUCCCAUGCGGGAUAAGUGUUAUUGACAGCAUAAAAAUGAAUAAAUAGAUGACAUUUUGUUAAAAUUUGCUGCCAGGUUCUUUUCUCUAUGCCAGUGAGGGCGAAAUGGCACCUUAGUGGAUAUUUAUAGCGCUUAGGCCUACUGGGGGCACCUCUGUAACGCCAUCCUCCUCUAAGCUCGCCAAAGAAGAUUGCCUUUGACAUGCGGUCAUCUCCCAUGCGGGAUAAGCGUUAUUGACAGCAUAAAAAUUAAUAAAUAGAUGACAUUUAUACGAAAAGGGGGGCAGUAGGCCAAAAAGGUUGAAGUCCACUGCUCUAGAUUGAGAUUCUAUUCAUUCAUACUCAUAGAUCUAGAUUUCUCUAGAUCUCAUCUAACAUUUUAGAUUCUAGAUCUAUAAUUCUAGAUCUAUAAGACAAGAUGUAUAUAUUUUUAUGUCAAUGUUGUUUGUUUUUUUUGUAAUUCAUCAAAGUCAGAGUAUUCAGAGAAUCUAGUUGAAGAAUAUUUGUGAAGGAAAAAAAACUUAAGUUUAACAUUCAAAUUAUGCCCAUUACCACAUUCUAACCAUGGUCAUGGGUUAACCACUACAUGAUGCAUCCACAAACUAACUAAAGUGCUUUUGUGCAAACAUUCUGCUAACAAUAACAUGAAAGCCCUUUUCCGGAGGAAGUAUAGGACUCUUGGUCUGUUGGCCAUUGUAGCUAUUCUAUUCUAUCUCCUUCAGUGUUUCACCGUAUCUAAGCUCGGUCAUUUGUCUAGUAAGAGAUCACAAAGUUGGAGUGAUAGUGAUAUUCUGAAUGGCUUAAAUCUUGAGGAGGAUAUAGAAACUAUGGAACAGGAGGCAGAGGAUCAUUACCUAUAUUUCUACAAGGGUCGCAACAGAGUUAUUGAUGGUGACUCUAAAUUUUAUAUUGCUACUUAUCCAAAUAGCCCAGAACUUGCAGUCAAUACUAAAAAAAUUACUGACAAAAAAAUGAUUCACCAGAGUAUUAGCACUACAAAAACAGCACAAAAAUCUGGAUUGAAAGAAAUUAUCCCCCCCAAAAAGGAAAUUUUAAAUAAACCUAAUAUUAUUGGAAAUGAUCGUUCUGAAAUCUUGAAAUAUGGCAGACUACUCUCUUUGAAUAUAAGCAUCCUAGGUGUGCACAAAUCAGAAAGACAUUUCUACAAGAGGGAUGAGAACAAUAUGGUGGGAUGUUUAACUAUGCCAGAGAUCAGAAUAUUGAUCAGUCAGAUCAAUGAUGAUUUCUGUGACUGCCCAGAUUCAAGUGAUGAGCCCGGAACAUCUGCAUGUCCAAAUGGAAAAUUUUACUGCACAAGACAGCUGCCAGGUUCAUCCGCUCAGUACAUUACAUCCAGUAAAGUGAAUGAUGGGAUAUGUGACUGCUGUGAUGGCAGUGAUGAAUGGAAUGGAGCUGUUGUGCCCGAUUUCAUGAGAAUUAAAGGUGAACCAUUAGGUGCUGUGUAUCAUGCCCCAUGCUUUGACAAGUGUGAAGAAAUUCUUUCAGUCAGGCAGAGUGAAACAGCCAUCAGAGCUCAGGGAAAGAAAAUUCAGAAAAAAUAUUUGGAACUGGCACAGACAGAGUUGACAGAAGAUGAAAGAAAAGCUUAUGGUCCAGGCGGUAUAUUCUACCCUUUAAGUAAGCAGUGCUACAAGAUCAAGGCAGAUGUUUACGAAUACGAGGUCUGUCCAUUUGUUAAAGUCAGUCAAGAGUCUUUCCCUCACCCAGCUGUCAUACUUGGUCGCUCCCCCUCUUUGGGCUCAGAGAACGGAGAGCAUCUCUUAAUUAUGGAGCAAGGUGAUUCCAAUCUAUGCCCUUUUGGAAGAGGCAGAAAGUCUAAGAUUUACCUCUUGUGUGGACUUGAAGAUAAAGUGAUCAGGGUGUCUGAGUCAGAACUGUGUGAGUACACAUUCUCUAUGAGUACACCUGCAGCAUGCUGAGAAACUUUUUGAAUACUACUGAGGAUCGUCAAUAGAGCAGCCUACUUCAGCUACCGUAGUUGGUCAUCAGUCGUCUUUACAAGCCCUGAUUUGGUACCAGUUGCAUAGGAAGUACUUUGGCAUGGGACUUCUUUUUAGGACACUAGCUUGAGAUAGACGGUCAUUUCUUUUCUAAAUGGCAUUAAAUGUGUUGACCAUUCUGACUUGAUCUCUUGGUAAAUUAGUCACCAUCGACUAGCUGGUAAAAAUAAUCUAACAUUGUAAUGGCUUGAUUACAUACAGCCUAUUUCACAGGGUCAACUGUCCUCUAGAUGUGCAAUGACUGUUGGAAGAUAAGAAGACUGUUGGACAUCUGCUGAUGAAAUAUGUCAAUCUAUGCUUACUUGGCAUAAAACACCUUCCUGAUGACACACACAGCGGAUAUAACUUUGUAUAAGAUAUGAUAAUAUAUUAAGUUACAGUAGAUGGUGGAAAAUUAUAUAACUCCACAGGCUGUCAUUAGGGACAAUGCUUGUGCCUUUACAAUCUCUUGAACCCUAUACACAAGGGAAAAAAAUGUCAUUAGUAACCUAAUAGCCAGCUAAUAUUGAAAUUAUACUUUUAUUAAGGCCAGAACUGUUGAGCUAAUCAAAGUUGUUAUUUAAAUAUUUUUUUUUUAUCAUUUAGAUAUUCAUAAUUCCAUCUUGCAGGGAGCAUGAUAUUUAUUAAUUUUAUAUUUUUGUUUCUUUGCUUGAUGUUAGACAUCUCAGGAAGAUAAGUCACUAUAAGCUCUUUAGCUGAUAGUGCUAAGUAAAUAGUUUUACUAUCAUCCCUUUAAAUCUGUAUCUGACUUGCUGAAAGUACAUAAUAAUCCCUUAUUUUUAUAGAAAGGCCAUUAAGACAGAGCCAGUUUUGUAUUGUAUUUAUGCUUAACUUACCUAGUGACAUUUGUCACCUGCUUUUUGAAACAUCAACAGCUUUUAGAUACCCUUGAAAGUAAAACUUCAAUAAUGACACAGUAGUUUUGUACAAAACAUUGAAACUGACAGUAGAAUGGUGGGGUGCUGGCAUCAUUAAACAGUGUUUGAAACAAGCAUAUUACUAUAUGGUCUUUACUUCUAGAGUCCAACUGUACAACCAAAUUCUUAGUUUGGUUCUUACUUUCUGGGCUCAAUAAAAUGCUUUUUUUUUCUGCAAGUACAGUACAUCAUUCCAUUAAAAAAAACAAAACAUCUUGUUGACAUUCCAUUAUUCUCAUAAUUUGAUUAGGCCUAAUACAAUAUGAAUAAAUAUUUGUUACAAUAAUUUAGUACAUCAGAAUUGACAUCUGGCUUAUGUAACUUGUAGAGAUGAUAGUUGCCAUAUUUUUUUGAGAUACUUUGAUUGGCUGUUCGUUUAUUGAACUCUUAGACUUUCAUUUGAAUAUUUGUCUGACAGACUCAAAGACUAUGAGAUCCAUCAGGGCAAAUAUUUAGCACAUGAACUUCUUUCGGUCUGAAAAUUGCUAAGCUAUGUCAAAGUAAUAAGUUCCAUGUUAAACUAGUGAUCUUUUUUUGUUUGUUUUUAAACAUUAAAAUGUAGAAAGCAAUUAAUGUUAUUAAAAAUGGACAAAUACUAAGCUAAGAACACACAAACACUCUGUCAGUUGUCUGUAAGGAGCCUAACUUGUCAGUUGUCUGUAAGGAGCCUAACUGUGUCAGUUGUCUGUAAGGAGCCUAACUGUGUCAGUUGUCUGUAAGGAGCCUAACUUGUCAGUUGUCUGUAAGGAGCCUAACUGUGUCAGUUGUCUGUAAGGAGCCUAACUGUGUCAGUUGUCUGUAAGGAGCCUAACUGUGUCAGUUGUCUGUAAGGAGCCUAACUGUGUCAGUUGUCUGUAAGGAGCCUAACUUGUCAGUUGUCUGUAAGGAGCCUAACUGUGUCAGUUGUCUGUAAGGAGCCUAAUUUGUCAGUUGUCUGUAAGGAGCCUAACUUGUCAGUUGUCUGUAAGGAGCCUAACUUGUCAGUUGUCUGUAAGGAGCCUAACUAUGAUGUUGUGUUACUUGGUUGUGAACAAAGACACAUAUACUUGUUCACUUUUUAGGAAUCUUUUGUUGAAUACCCUCCUAUUACUCACAUACCACUGAUUGGUGGUCCCCCUCACCCCCUUUUUUUCCAAUCAACGACUCUGUAUUGUAAUAUAUGGGAAACUUUUCCAAAGGUAAUUUUUUAAAGUAAUUUUUUUUCAAGCUUUAUCCUUCAUUCAUUACUCUGAUAUGCUCCAUUAGGCUUUAAAAGCAACCAAACACACACAAUGUUGUCUUAUUCAAAAUGAGUCAAUAUUUUUAAACAUUUUAUUUUGUCCUAUCUAUUUGUGACCUUUAGGUGUCUGGACUUUGUUUGUUCUCAUUAUUUAUGUUUUUGUUUUUUUUAAGACAGACACCUUUAAUAAUUGAAAUGUUUAAACUGGUUAUUUCAUUUUAUGGAAAUAUUGAAUGUAUGUUGUUUUUUUUUUUUUUUGUGAUCACUUAAUGGUGCUUCAUAGCAAAGAUGCUUCUUAGAUGUUGUUUACAUUUUGUAUUUUUUGUUUUAUAAAUUCCUCUUUUCAUUUUCUUUUUCAUUAGGUUGUAAUUGAUAAAUAGAUAACUACAAGGACUACAUAGUAAUAUGAAUCACUCAAAUGUUUUAUUACAGAGCCUGAUGUUUCUGGCCUAAUAAAAGAGUAGAAAAAAUAAAAACCUCCUUACAAUGACUGCUUUCAUUGACUGCCCUCUACUGACUGCUAUCAAGCGAGACCAAUCGUCAUAGAAGGCCUGAACACUGACCUGCAAUGUCGCAACCUGUGGGCAGUGGAGACCAAUAGCUUGUUGCCACAUCAUGGGUCUGUUCAACAUGGCAACAAGCUAUUAGUCUUCACUGCUUAUAGGUUGUGACGUUGCAGGUCAUUGGUGAGGCCUUCUAUGACAAAUGGUCUCAUGGUCUGGAUAGCUCAAGGUUAAACGUAUUCACUUCCAGAAACAUGAGUUGUGAAUGAAACUCAAAAUAUCUAAAUAGGGUGUCCUACUGUACAACACCAACUUUAAGGUGGUGACAAUUUCUUAGCUAUUUUCUAAAUCUUUUGAGAUCCUAAAUGGUGUACAUAUUAUUCACACAUUGUCUCCUACAAUUUAAUUAUUUAGGAAUGUAAUAAGUAAACAAUUCUUGUUUUGUUUGAGAUUUCUUUAGUUACAAUAGCAACACAUUGAAUAAUUGAAACUGCAACUCCCGCUUGAUGGAAUUCGAGCACAGCCUCAUCUCUAUGUCCAGUCUUUGCAUUAAAAAUUAAUUACAUUUGGGGCCAGGCUAAUUUAGUAUGUUAUGUAUUAGUUCUGAGUUUUUCUGUCUUUACAAAGCUUAUAUCAACUCACUGUUUGUUUGGUACAAAUUUUGAACAUUAUUUCUCCCACAUCCAUUAUUGGAUCAAGUUGAAACUUUAACAAUUAUUUAUUGUACCUGGCAAAACAUGAAUCAGUUUAAACAUUAACUAAUUAGUCAAUUAAUUAGGUAAUUAAUUAUUUUGUUUGAUAUUGAAAAGGGAAAAUAAAUUCUACAUUAUUGAGAUAUAUAGUUGUAAAUGUGUGGGGUGGUUCUUCUCCUUAGAUAAGUUUUGGCUUUUUUUAAAAAAGUAUUUUUAUAUUUGCCUAUUUUUGAAUUGUUGUCAGCCUCAUGUGAUACAAUGAAAGAAGCAUUGAAUCUAAAUAUAGGGCACUUGCCUAUAAAGUACAUCAAAUUUUUCACUUACUCUGCUUGUCCUGUUUUAUUCAAUUGAAAUUGUUUCAUACAUUUCUGUUUGCUUCCACCAACACUGCCAACUUGAUUCUGGGAAGCUGACAUAUAACUAAAAGACAUGUUCGUAUUGUAUGAUUGAAAUGUCCUCAUUUUAUGUUGACUGUCAUGGUUAAGGUAUUUAGGUCAUUUAUCUAGGCUUGUAAUGCUAGACUAACAGGGUCCUGUGUUGACCCCCCCCCCCCCUCCCCCCAAAUGAAGUGUUAUUAGUUUUUGUCUUUUAGUUACAAUUGUUUUGUUGUUGUUUUUUUGGAUGUAAACAUUUGAUUGUUCUUCUGUGGUGUUUUUUUUAAAGUGUCUAGAUUGCUAGUGAAACUUGUACACAUCGAUGUACUUGUUACCGAAGUGAAUACCCGAAUCAAAUGUUGGGAAAUCUUAACUUAUAGAUAUUAACAUCCCCCAUGUUUAUCCUUAACUUAGCUGUUCAAGUUCAAUAGAGAUUUAAAUUCUACUUCUUUUCCUUGCUGAUUCUGGCAACAUGUUCCUUGCUCUAAUGACACUUGGAAAGAAAGAAUCCUUAUCUAAAUAAGUCCUAAACUAUGGAAUAAAAAUGUGCUUUGGUCAAACAGAAUGGUUUUGUUUGAAACUGUUUCAACAACAUAUUCAUAUAUUCAUGCCAUUCUUGGCUUUUCCUACAGGUGAACACAGACAUUCAGAUCUUAUAUAUUAAAGAAGUUACUUCAUUAGAGAAGAUAAUUACGUUCUAUAUGUUUAUCUAUGUAUUAAUUUAGAGACUUGUAAUCUGGUUUACCUGGCUGAUUCAGGUAACCCAUUACAUGUUCUAAUAGUAUUAGGAAUGAAGGAGCACUUGUACAUGUUUGUCCUAGCAAUUGUGCCUUUAUUUUUGUGUUUUUCUGAGUUUUUUUUUUAAAUUAGGUUUUGUAUUUGUAAAAUAUUGCUCAGUGUUUUAUUUAUGUAUUAUUGCUACUUUACUUUUUAAUCUUCUGUCCUGAAGACUAGUGAUUUUACUAAUAGCUCUAUGCUCUGACCUAAUGUGAAUAUUCGUUUGUUUCACCUUUUAUUUAGGAUGCUUAGCAGAAGAAAGCUGCAACUACUCUAACUACUACAGGAUUUAAUGAGGUAGUUUCGUAUUCCCCCCGAGUCACGUGGUUGUGUGUAUACAACGCGCACCGUGCUUAGUUUUAGUUAGUUUGUAGUGGGAAUCUGAAGCGUUUUAAGUCAAUAUUUAGUGGUUUCAAUUUAGUCAUUAGCGCUAAACUAUAAUUUAUUAAUAACAGGAGAAUCUAGAGAUACAUAUUUUUAAUAGUUUCAAAUAAAACAAAUAGUUAUACCUUUGAUAGAAGGUACCGAAGCGUUGGCCUAUAAUCUGCCAUACUGAGAUCAAGAUUUCUUGAUCUACAAUGAAUGACUACACUUACAGUUCUUCACCCCCCCCCCCUCCUCUCUGCCCAAAAGUAAACAAGCUUGAACUUGAGUAGAACACUAAAAGUUGGACAGCAGACCAGUGUGUAUUGGUCAGAUAGCUCUAGGGCAAGUCUAGUGUGUAGUCGAUAUGUCGACUAGUUGUUAUAAAAGAUAAAAAGACUGCCAUGAGUUUUCCUUGUGCGUAAUAGGCUUGAGUUGUUUAGCGAACAAAUAACACAUCUGAUAGUCAAGGAUAAAUCUAGAUCUACUCUUACAGUUACACAGGCCAAAUGUGUCUUACCCCGCCCUUUCAUUGUUAAAUUUGGUUUCUAGGUAAUAAAAUGGAUCUAGAUCUAUUUCGUCGACGCAUUUUUGAAACUUUAAUGUAACAUUUUGUGAAUUUCUUAAAAAUGAUAGAACUUUUAACAACAUAAUAAUACAUCAUGUAUCCAAAACAAAAAAUAAUUCUUAAUGAUAUCGAUGUGCAUAACGUAUUAGUAAUUAGCGGAAUAUGAAAUACAUAACGUUAAAAAUAGCUCAAGUUUAUGAAAAUAACAAUGUUUCAACUAAUAUGCAUAUUAUCCCAUAUAUAGGCCUAUAAAUAAAUAAAUAUAUAUGUGUGUGUGUGGGUUUAUACCAAGCUUUUUUUUUAAUCUUACAAGAACGUUUGUAAAAACGUCUUUUUCUGUAUGUGAAUGUAGAUCAAUCAUCGGCAAAGUGUUGACGCUUGUCAUGACUAUAAAGGAAAUAUCAUUGAUAAUUUAAACCUAUUCUUAAACAGUUCUUGGCCCUUUAUGAAAACAUUCGUAUAAUUAUUUGAACAUUCAGGGAGUUCGUUGAUGUACUCUGUAUAUUUUAAAAUGUUUGUAAAUGUAAAAUUUCGUAAAAAUAGAGGAGCAACAGCAAUGGCAAUAUAGGAAGACAAAGCCAUAUUCUUCUCUUUGUUGUCCAACAAUCACGUGACUUUGGUUAAAGUAGGUCAGAAAUAAGGAACUACCUCAUUGAAACCCUUGUAGUCUGACUUUUAGUUUUUGAACAUCUAACUUUGGAAACAAAAUUAAACCCAAAGACGGAACAAUUUUUGUCUAAAUUAAAACCAAGGUGUUUUUUUUGGGUGAAAAUUUAUUUAAGCUUAGUUUUGCUAUUGCUUAUAAGAUACAGUUAUUUAGUAGGCAAAGGUGAAGGCCAGUUUUGCUGAAAGUGUUUUUGAAGUAUGACAAUGGGAUUGUAAUCAUAAUUAUAUAGCACUUGUUGUUGGAUGUCAUUACAGUGUUGAAUGCAUUCAUUGAAAAGCAAUACAAAAUGUUGGUUGUUAUGAAA